AUGCUCGAGCGUCAAUGCUGCUAUCAAACUAGAGCAUGCGAUGAUGACCGCCGAAGCCCUCACCACGGCAAUGCUUGGCAUUCUCGAAAAAGCCGGAUCUUACAACAUGUGUUUUGCAAAAUGGGGAUAAAGACAAAAUACGCCUUCACAAGAUUCAGGAUUUGCGCGUAUGGAGCUUUUGCGAAUAUACUCGGGAGCUUGUCGUCCUCAAACUUGGAGAACUCUUGCACAAGGUUGACGGGGACGGGGGCAAAUUGUUUCUGCUAG